CCGGGCGAUCGGCGCAUCCUCUCUGGUGUAUCAGGAGGCGUGAAGAGAGGGCAGACCAUGGCCAUCCUAGGCGCGUCGGGCGCGGGCAAGACGACGCUGCUCAAUGUCCUCUCGGCGCGUCUGGACUCCCUUGGUACCCUCUCGGGAAAGGUCCUCUUCAUGGGUCGACCGCGAGACAAGACUACUUGGAAGCGGACAGUUGCCUUUGUUGAGCAAGAUGACAUCAUGCUAGGCUAUCUCACAGUGGAAGAGCAGCUUCUAUACAGCGCCAAGAUCCGUUUGCCCUCUAAACUUUACGACAACAAGACAAAGUUACAAAGAGUUGAGGAUACCAUUUCGAUGCUGCGUCUAGAGAAGUGUCGAGACACCCGCAUUGGAGACGCUCAGACAAGAGGUGUGAGCGGGGGUGAGCGCAAGAGGACAGCAAUCGGCGUCGAGCUCGUGACCAAUUCUCAAUUACUGCUGCUAGACGAGCCCACCUCCGGUCUAGACGCCUUUGCAGCGCAUUCCGUCAUCGAGAAUGUGCGCAAUGCUGCUCGAGAAAGAGAUUUAGCAUGUGUCAUGACCAUUCAUCAGCCCUCGUGGGCAUUGCUCAACCUCUUUGACGUCGUUCAACUCUUGGCACAGGGAAAAGUCUACUACGAUGGUACUCCAGAGGACACAAUUGCUUGGUUUGCCAGCAUCGGCUACGAGGUGCCAAAGGGCGCUAAUCCCGUCGACUACUUUAUCACCAUUGCGGAGAAUCCUGGAAAGACGGAAGAGGGAGAGAAGAGGAUUCAGGAUCUCAUUGCUUCGUGGGCUACCAGGCCUCAGGCUCAGAGAGCUAGCAAUGCUAGCGAGGAUGCAGUUGCUAAAAAUCAUCAAGAUGACUCGGUCAAUCGAGAGUGGCCGGCACCCUGGCUGGCUGAGCUAAGGGUCUUGACAGUGCGCAACUAUCUAUCCGUGGUCCGCGACUUGCUACCACUCUAUGCAUCGAUAGGACAGAACAUCGUCCUAUUGAUCAUCAUCGGCUUCGCCUUCUUCAGGCUAGGUCGGUCACAAUCUGCUGUACUAGCGCGCAUCGGCGUCCUCUAUUAUCUUGCCAUCAACACCGCCUUCACAGUCCUCUUCCCUGUCCUCACCCCACUAGCCCUCCAGCGAGCCCUAAUGAAGCGCGAGCGCUCCUCGGGGGCCUAUCGCAUGUCGAGUUUCAUCGUCGCAAAGAUCCUCGUUGAUGUUCCCAGCAACGUCCUGAGGAUCUUGCCCUUUUUUGUCAUCCUCUACUGGAUGAUUGGAUUGAGGGCAAAUGCCGCGGCGUACUUCUUGUUCAUUGCCAUCAAUUCCAUGCAGGUGGUCAUGGCUGUAUGCAUGGGUCUCCUCAUCGGCUGUCUCUCCCCCACCAUCGAGGUGGGUCAGAUCAUUGCUCCCCUAAUAAACGUCAUCUUCCUCCUCUUCGGUGGGAACCUCCUCCCCGCUCCACCUCCCUGGUUCAUCUGGCUCCGAUACACCUCUCCCAUCACCUACGUCUACGCUGCCCUUUCCCAAAACGAGUAUCGUGGUCAAACUUUUGACUGUGAUGUAAAGGAUGCAGCGCAACAGUGUUACACUACGGGAGAGCAGGUGUUGGAGCAGUACAACCUGCAAGACUUUUCCAUUGCGGCAAAUGUGGGAUUUGUGGCUGCACUCGCAGUCGUUUGUGCACUUUUGGCGUAUGUGGCGCUGCGGGUGGUCGCGAGGCCGCGAUUUCGAUUCAUCUAGAAAUCGAUGGGAUGGAGGACGAUGGGACUGCCUUUGUCAUCUCCUGUGCCUUUUUUUGCAAAGCCUCCUACCGUUGCAGCAAGACUUGUACAGUACUUAUCGCCAUCGGCCACACUGUCGCAGGAGCAAUAGAAGAAGAUUCAUAUCUGUAGUGUCUAUAC